AUGAGGGUGAAGCGGGACGCGGAGUACGACGAUGUGGAUGACGACCGCCCGAUGCGGAAGUAUCGAAAGGAUGCGAGCGGCCUCCGGGUGCCGGUCGUCUGGACCGAGGUGCGAGAGCCCGAAGAGCCCUCUGGCGAGAGCGUGUUUCGUCUUGCGUGGUUGUUUGUGGAGGGAUGGCGGCAGAAGCUGCAGAAGGCCGGGGACAUGAUUGAGAAGGCGCGAUGGGAAUGGGAGAUUGAUGGCACGACGACGGCCUGUACACAUAGUCGGGCGUCGAGUUUGACGUUUGGAGUUGUGAUUGCGGACGCCCGCAUACGUGUGCCUGAAGAGAUGAACAAGAAGAAGAAACAACGGAAGUCGGUGCAUUGGGCGUUGGAUGGAUGA